AGUCAAAUUUCUGCAUCUUAAAGAAUUUUUUCCCGAAAGGGCAGCAAGUUCACAGGUUUUUUCCACACAUGACUUAAGCCUUCAUGUGGCUUUGAAAAGAAGGCCAUCCAGAGUGAGGGGUCGUGAACUGUGUUUCUGUGUGAGGUCUGGACUUUGGGGUCCCUGCUGAAUGGGGCAAAGUUCUUCCUUUACCACCCCACUUUGCGUGGCCUUGUGUCCGGGUCGGCUGGGCCCACAGACCCUCAGAUCCAUGAAGACGCACAGCCCGUGUGCCCUGUUCUGAAAACCCUUCUGGGCAAAGGAGCUUUUCACGCUCAGCUUUCCUUCCUGGAUUCCACCCUCCAGCGUAUGUGAGUCUUCCUGCCCAAGUCUGAAUGGUUUUGAGAAAUCUUUCAAUGUUCUUUUCCGGAAAGUUCAGUGUUUCUCUGUUGCAGGGUCGGUCCCACCCGAUGACCAGGGCUGGACACGGUUUCUCUUUUCUGGUUCUGCCGGCCGCUGGGCGAUCCCACCGUGGACCCGAGCAUCACUGGACGGGUGGUCAUGUCAGAGCCACGUGCAGUGAAGCCUCUCGGCCUCUGGGGGCCUUAGGAUCUCCCCCUGCGGUGUGCGGUGUGGGUGGGACCUUCUGCCUUCUCAGGGCCGCCCCUCCUGCAUGGCCUGGGGCGUCCAAGUUCCCCUUCUGUGCUUGGCCAAGGCUCUGUCUCUGUCACCCUCUGGCUUCCUGUUGGGGCUUCCUCGUUCCCUCCCCACAUUCGGGGCGCUUCCCUCCCCAGCAGAGGGACCUGAACCAGCUCUGUGCUGGCGGAUGCGGACAUGGUGCCCCUGCUGCUACUGCCCCUGCUGUGGGGGGGGUCCCUGCAGGAGUCUCCAGGGUACGAGCUCCGAGUGCAGGAAUCAGUGGCGGUGAAGGCGUGCAUGGACGUCCACGUGCCCUGCUCCUUCUCCUACCCCUGGGAUUCGGGAUAUCCCUGGUAUUCCUCUGGCGAACUCUUCAUCUACUGGUUCCGGGAAAAAGACCCCUAUACCAAUGAUGUUGUGGCCACAAACGACCGAAGGAAACGAGUGAAGCCAGAAACCCAGGGCCGAUUCAGCCUCCUCGGGGACCCCAGGAACAACAACUGCUCCCUGAGCAUCAGAGAGGCCAGGCUGAGCGACUCAGGAGUCUACUACUUGCGAGUGGAGAGAGGACCUACUGUGAGAUACAGUUACAUAGAGAAGAAGCUGAAUUUGCAGGUGACAGAGAAACCCGACAUCCAGUUUCUGGAGCCUCUGGAGUCCGGCCGCCCCACAAAGCUGACCUGCAGACUGCCACUAGCCUGUGAUGAGCCACAGCCUCUCCUGUUCUCCUGGGUGGGGGACGCCCUUGAUGCCAUGAACCCAGACACCCUCCACUCCUCGGAGCUCACCCUCACCCCGAGGCCCCAGGACCACGGCACCAACCUCACCUGUCUGGUGACACUCCAGGGAUCCCAGGUGGCCCUGGAAAGAACCGUCCAGCUCAACGUCUCCUAUGCUCCGAGGAACCUCCGCAUCAGCCUCGCCUUCAGAAAUGUCACAGCCCGCAAGAUUCUGCAGAACGCCUCAUCUAUUCUCAUCUCAGAGGGCCAGGCGCUGCAGCUGCUGUGUAUUGCUGACAGCAACCCCUCUGCACAACUGAGCUGGUUCCAAGGGUCUCCCACCCUGGAGGCUACCCCCAUCUCCAGCACCGAGGUCUUGGAGAUACCACAAGUGGAAGCUGGAGAUAGAGAAGUCACCUGCAUAGCGCAGAACCCUCUGGGCUCCCAGCAAGUUUCCUUCAGCCUCUUUGUGCAGAAAGGCCCCCCUCCCUGCAGCUGUGAGACUGAGGAGCAGCAGGGCUCCUGGCCCCUGGUCCUCACCCUGAUCAGAGGGGCCCUCAUGGGGGCUGGCUUCCUCCUCACCUAUGGCCUCACCUGGACCUACUACACCAGGUGUGGUGGCCACUAGGGAGCUGGGCUGAGGGGUGUGGCUGAGCCUGGCUCCCUGUCAUGACGAGAUUCACCUGAGGAUGCAGAGCCCAGAGGACAGACGUGGGGACAUCACAGUGUGCUUCUCCCUGGAAACUCUCGCCUCCAACCCUGUGUCGUUUGCAUCUACGAGCCUUUAUUUGUGGAGAUGACUGCGUGACAGUAGGAAGAUUCAAUACCAUUGAAAGGAGACUUUCUGACUUACCUCGCUUAGCAUGAGAUUACUCAUGUUGUUACAUGUAUCAAUAACUUAUUGUUGGUUUUGCUUGGUUUUGUCUUGAAAAUAGUAUUUUACGUAUGACUAUUCCUCCAGUUAUGUAUGGACCUAAAAUACGAUGACAUUGCCUUCGUUUGCAAAUUUUGGCUCAUUCAAAGUAACGUUGAUGUGAAUGGUGUGAUGAAAAUAGGAGGGCUAGCACUUUUCUCCUGGUGGGUGUGGAACUGCUUCAUCAUAAAUUUGGCAUAUAUUUAGUUUGAGAAGGUAGCCUCAGAGAGUUCUUUUAAGUAGUUAGAUGAGUUUAUAUUCCAUGGUCAUAAAUGAGGGUUCUGAGCUUUCUACACCCUCAGCAGCACUUGUAUGACCUACAUGGUCAGUUUUCAGCACUACACUCCACUGUGGCAGUAUCUCCUUGCCUUUUUAGUUUAUUUCCCUCAUGUACAAUGAUGUUGAGCCAUCUGAAUAUCUUCUUUAGUGGAAUUCCUGUUUGGAUCUUUGCCCAUUUAAAAUAAAAAUUGGGCAGUCUUUUUCUUGUUAAUUUGAAUUCUUUAGACUGGAUGUGACUUUUUAAAAAUCAAAAUAUAAUUGAUUUAUAAUGCUGUGUUAGUUUCACAGUACAGCAAAGUGAUUCAGUGAUAUACGUAUAUUCUCCUCAGAUUCUUUCCCAUUAUACUUUUUUACGACAUUCUUAGUAUACUUCCCUGGGUUAUACAGUUGGUCCUUGUUGGUUAUCUAUUUUAGAUUCAGUAGUGUGCAUUUGUCAAUCCCAAUCUCCCAAUUUAUCCUUCCUCCCUCUGAAAAAAUUUUAGAAUUUUUACACUUUAAGAAACUAACAAAUGUAAACAGAGUAUUUCUAAAUAAAUAUUAAAGA